AAACUGUUCUAGGUAUCAACUUUCCAGCUUCUUGCUUUUCCUGUAAAAUUGCAAAAAUAAUUCGGCUUUAUUCGAAUCCAUCCCAGCUCAGGACACUACUUCUGUACGGAUGAAUAAUUUCUUCUCAAAAUCUCCGUUAAGAAUCUAUCUACUGGCAAGAGGGCGUAAUUUAUGAUCGAGGUAAAGCGUAUGUGAAUUAAGGUGUUUGAUGGAGAAUUCAGGUAAUAAAAUUGGUCGAAAAGGUGUGAUAAAGAGAAGUGAAUUUGUAAGAGUUAUAAUUGAGAGUCUUUAUUCUCUGGGUUAUAGAAAAUCCGCAUCUUUAUUGGAGUUAGAAUCCGGGAUUUUAUACAAGUCUAUGGAUUUCGAGUUGUUGGAGUCACAAAUACUCGAGGGGAAUUGGAAUGGGUGCGUUAAUACGCUUAAUGCGGUUAAGGAGUUGGUGGAUGAGACGAGAGCUUCAGCUUUUUUUCUUGUGUUUAAGCAAUGUUUAUUGGAGUCUUUGAGUCGUGGGGAUGAUACUAAAGCGCUGGCUGUCUUGCGGAAGCAGGUUCCUGCUUUUCGAUUAGGCAAGGAGAAUAUUCGUAAUCUUGCGUAUAGUCUUCUUUGCUUGAAGGAAAUGGACCUAGGUAAAGUAGAUGAAAAUGCUAUCUUUGAGAUGCGGAAACGGUUGUUGAUUGAGCUGGAAAAAUUGCUUCCUCCUCCAACUGUGCUGCCCGAAAGAAGGUUAGAACAUUUGGUUGAAUCUGCUAUUGCAGCUCAAGUUGAUUCAUGCAUGUAUCAUAAUUCACAGGAGGCAAUUUCACUAUUUGAAGACCAUUGCUGUACAAGAGAACAGAUUCCCACUGAGACUAUUCAGAUUUUGACUGAGCAUGAGAAUGAAGUGUGGUUCAUACAAUUUUCUAAUAAUGGAAAUUACUUGGCCUCUUCAUCAAGUGAUUGCACAGCCAUCAUCUGGCAGGUACUGGAAGAUGGGAGGCUAACAUCUAAGCGCACGUUGCGAAGCCACCAAAAUCCGGUAUCAUUCGUGUCAUGGAGUCCUGAUGAUACAAAGUUGCUAACAUGUGGAAAUGCGGAAGUUCUCAAGCUGUGGGAUGUGGAAACAGGUACAUGCAAGCAUACAUUUGGAGAUCCUGGCUUCGUUGUAAGCACAUGUGCUUGGUUUCCAGACUCAAAGCGAUUUGUAUGUGGCAGUUCUGAUCCGGAAAAGGGCAUCUGCAUGUGGGAUUGUGAUGGAAACGAAAUAAAAGCAUGGAGGGGCACGCGUAUGCCCAAGGUUUUGGAUCUUGCUGUGACCCCAGAUGGGGAACAUCUUAUAAGUGUAUUUUCUGAUAAGGACAUUCGGAUAUUCAACUUGGUCACGAAUGCCGAACGCGUCAUCUCCGAGGAACAUCCGGUCACCUCUCUGUCAAUUUCCAAUGAUAGCAAGUUCUUUAUAGUGAAUCUCAACAGCCAGGAGAUCCAUAUGUGGGAUGUUGCUGGUAAAUGGGAGAAACCAUUGAGAUAUACAGGCCAUAAACAACACAAGUACGUCAUACGUUCCUGCUUUGGAGGAUUGAAUAGUUCAUUUAUUGCCAGUGGAAGUGAAAACUCACAGGUGUACAUAUGGAAUCGAGGAAACCCUAAGCCAAUUGAGGUUCUAUCCGGGCAUCUAAUGACAGUGAACUCUGUGAGCUGGAACCCUAAAAGGCAUCAAAUCCUGGCAUCAGCAAGUGAUGAUCAAACAAUCCGUAUAUGGGGACCAAGCCGAUCCAAGAACACCAUACAGCACGAAAAGCUCGUCUGAAGGCGCGAGAGUGAUCAGCACUCAGGCACCACGUACAUAUCUUCAUCGAUUUUGUCAUUCUUUUGUAGAUUUGUAAAAUGGUGGUGGUGGCUUCUUGUUGCCCCUUCUCAAUUUUGAAACAUGUAAAUCUCCACUCCUUGUAGGUUCCUGGCUUGCUUCUCUUGAUUUUGCCAGGUAUUUUGGAGAAGGUAAAGUCUGAAUAUUUAUCAAGAAUAUCUAUGAUUGAUAGUGUUAAAUUCACGUUUUUUUUGUACUUCUAGCAUUGCUAGAGAGAUUUUUCUUGGCAACUUAUAGUUCUGUUUAUGUA